AGUGUUCACAGACCACCACCUCAUCAGCCAACGACAGAUGAUAUUGACCCUCAUUAUGGUACGUUGGAAUCAUCUAUUGUUGGAACGCUACAGAUUUUACUAGGUUUACUUAGCAAAUAGACAGGGAUGUUAUGUAAUAACUAAUAUCCGACUAUGAGGAUUAGUCCGCGCAAUUUGAUCCAGCUGGGUCAAAAUGCGAGCAUAUUGCAAGGACUUGAAAUCCAGUCCAGUUCCUCAUACGAAUAAAUCACUAUACUUAAAGUGAGGUGAAUAAAUUUUGAUCCAGUCCAAGGACUGAAUUAAUUUCGAUCCAGUCCUAGGACUGGAUCAAUAUACUUUACCAGGUAUCCAGUAUUAUCGUGUGCGCAAAAUAAAGUAAUAUUCAGGGUUUGUAUACACAAGUCAGGAAGAGUUAAAUCAAGGACUUUCAAAGACCAUGUAUCAGGAAAUUCAAGGACUAUAAAGGACGAAAAGAAAGCGUUCUUAGAAAUCAGUUAAAAGUGAUGUUAAACUGUUCAAACGGCGCAGCUUCCUUUGCCUUGUGAAGACUUUCAAGCACUUUUUUAUAAACUCAAGGACUUUGAAGGCCUUGAAUUUUUGUUUCCAAAUUCAAGGACUUUCCAGGAAUUUCAAGUUUUGUACGAAUCCUGAUUAAUGAGUUUGCGAUUACGGUGUGCAUGGCGCACAAGGUCUGGUUGCAUGGCGUGAGAAAGGCUAAACCAGUGAGCUCUCUAUAAAUCUGGAGCAAGAACAGUCAUUCCGCCUAUGAGAAAAGUGAAGCCAAAAUUGCGGCCAUUGACGUCCAAUAGCUCUAAAGGUCGUACAUACACUGGGCUAAAUACGCCUCUUAUCUUUGCAGGUCUUCAACGAUACUCUGCUACGGUUGAAUUACGUAAUCAACGGAAAUUGUUUUGGGGAAAUCAUUACAGAGAACUUUACCAAAGUAAAGGCCCGUUUACACUUGCGAUUUUUGCUGCGAUUUCUAGCGCGAGAUUCUUCUUCUGAUGCAUGUGAACGAGUAGAUCAAUAAUGAAUGUUCUGAGUAUAUAUCUCACUGAUGUACCUUCAUCUGAACAUUCAUAACUUAUCCACUCGUUCACAUACAUCAGAAGAAGAAAAUCGCAGCAGAAAUUGCAAGUGUAAAUGGAUCUUAAGGAAGAACAGACUCAGUUGUUUAGUUCGGUGAGUCGAUCAGUUCGACCACCGAUAUGUUUGUAUCGAUAAGCCUGGUUUAUACUAUCAAAGUUUCUGUGAUCACAUUAGAAAUUUUGCAUGGGUAAAAUCUAAGUUUUGAAGGAUUUGUUUGAAAUGUUUGAGGAAACUGACUUGGUGUUAAACAUCCUUCAAAACUUAGAAUUCACCCAUGCAAAAUUUCUACUGUGCAUGAUCACAGAAACUUUGACAGUGUAAACUAGACUAUAUAUGUUUGUGAUGUUACUCUGAGUGUGCAUCCACACCGGGCAAGCUGAAAAGUUAAUUGCCUGGCCACGGUGGGAAUCGAACCCGCGACCUUUGGGAUACUACUCCAAUGCUCUGCCAACUGAGCUACGCGGUCAAGUCGGUUCGAGUUGAUGAUAUUUCGGAACUGAGUCUAGUUCCUUCGAUAUCAGUGUAUUCUAAGAUAUGAUAUGAUACAGUGUAUCCCAAAGGUCGCGGGUUCGAUUCCCACCGUGGCCAAGCAAUUAACUUUUCAGCUUGCCCGUGGAUGCGCACUCAGAGUAACAUCACAAACAUCAUAUUCACCUGAGUACAUAACAUCAACACACACAAAUAGACUACCGGGUGGCCCAAAAAAAAGUACUCCUGUUUGAUUCGUAAUAACAUCUAAACAAGUAUAGCUUUUAAAGAGAAAUAACUUGCAUCACAUAGAGGAAGGACUAACUUGGACUUUGAUAUAUUACAGUUGUAUUUCACUUAAAAAUUCACGGAGAUAUUAAUCUUUAAAUUCGGGAGGAUAUUUCUGGAUGUGUCUGAAAUAUGCAAAAAUCGGCGUAUCAAAUAUUAAUCAAGAUUUGCCCGACUGAAACAUGCACUAUUACCAGUAAAUAAAUGACACUUGACAAAUUGUUUAUUAUGAAACAAAGUAUUAUUAUAUCUACAAAAUACAAGCAAGAUUCAUUCGUCCGAAAUUCGCGUGUGUUCCUAGCACGAAUACGUUUCCUUAUUUCAUGAGACCACUGCAUCGCGAAGGAUCGUCAUUGGAUCGCUCGUAGUUCUGAAUUAGGGCAUGCUGUCACAACGGAAUUGUGAAGCUCUUCUAACUUCUGCAACGUUCUGAAAUCUUGUUAAGAACACCCAAACUCUUUUGCCGUUUCUUAAUCUUGGCAAGUUCAUGGAGUAAACUGAGAAUUAUAUGAAACACAAUCAAACCAUACAACUCCAUAAGACAUAACAAUUAAGCAACUCCCCAGAGACAUGCAACAUUUUUGGAACAAAACGUAACAAAAUAGUAGCGUUGAUACGGUGAUGUGCAUUUGCAAAAAGCAAUAUUAUUUCCUUCAAUAAAGAAUAUUCAUCCUGCUCUAACCGAGAAAUAAUCUACUCAGUCUGUUUGAACCCAUUAAAAACAUAAAAAAAUUAGGCUAUUUAAGAAUACGAAAAAUUUAAGCGCCUGCCUUCCAUGGUCAGUCUUUCAGUACCUUUAAGUUUGCAAAGACCUAAUAUUAAAUACUUGCAUAAUUUCGAACGUUCAUAUUUCAGGAAACAAUGAGCUAAGACUUACAUGUAAGAUGUCUAAAUCUACGACAUAUCCCUUACAAACCUUAACGAUAAUUCGCUGAAAUACAAGUUAGCCUAAUAUGUCAUUAAGCAAACAAACGCUGGAGUUAAUAUUUGAUAUGCCGAUUUUCGCCAAUUUUAGACACAUUCCAAAAUAUGCUCCCCAUUUUUAACAUUAAUAUAUCCGUGAAUUUUUAAGUUAAAUACAACUGUAAUAUAUCAAAAUCUAAGUUAGUCCUUCCUCUAUUUAAUGCAAGUUAUUUCUCUUUAAAAACUUUACUUGUUUAGAAGUUAUUACGAAUCAAACAGGAGUACUUUUUUUUGGGCCACCCGGUAUAUACGUUUGUAGGUUCAACAAAAUUCGAAUACAUCGUUUAAAACUUUUUUCGUGUUAGGGUCAUUCAGCGAAGAUUGUCUUGUGUUAGAAAGUCGUGAAGAACAAGAAGGAAUGUUUAAUGUAAAAACAUCGCUACCAUGGAAGACAGCAGUGUUUAAAAAUAUUUUAAAAGUUAGUAAGUCUUGUAUACUUGUAAAAUAGGUUCAUAUAAUCCUUAUACUAUACGAUGCAACUGCAUCACUGUUACAAUUUUACUCCUUAUAAUUUUAAAAUUCGGCAAGAGGUGCUUCAGUUAUAACGGUGCCUUGCAUUGGAAUAAUCUUCCACAUGAGGCAAAAAUUGCAGAAUCCUUAAGCUCUUUCAAAUCGAUGUUAAAACAAAGAAUGAGUUUAAACUUGCUUGUUAAUCACCUUUCUUGUAAAUAGUUAAUUUUAUAUUUCACGCCCCUCAUGGAAAUCAGCUUCCCAACGGUUGAGGCUAGCGUGGUUUAAUAAAGUUUUGUAUGUAUGUAUACACGUAUAAAUAGAUUAUUAUUAUUUUCCGAUUCGGCCAUGCACCUCAGUAUAGUGAGGAUUUUUGCUCGUAGUGGAUAUUUUAGCGAAAAAGAAAAGUAGAAUACUAUUCUGUAAAAAUAUUGUCAUUUGGUUACAGGAUAUCGCUGUUGUGGAUCUGACCUUGCUGGACGAACAUAAAACACCAAUGUGGUGUAUCAGGUAUAGAUGUCUUGUCUUUGUCUUGUGAUUUCUCCGGUGUAACCAUUUAGAGAAGACGAAGAAAAAUUUCCGCUCCGACUAGUGAAAAACCAAGGCCAGUUGUUCAAAGCUGGGUUAGCCUAACCCUAGGUUAACGUGAAAUUCAAAGCAAACUUUCCAACAGCUUCUUUCUAAAUUUGGAAAUAUUUCUUUAGAGAUCUUGUCUGAACCAGCAGGAGUUUUCUUCUCUGAAGUUUUGAAAUAGACAUACGUGCAGAAUUAAAUACAUAAAAAAACCAGGGUUAGUGCUAAUCGUGCUUUGUACAACCCGUCCCAGAACGUUACUAGAUGACUCGGACAACUCUUUUCACAUGCUGGACCAAGGCGAAAUUUUAAUCAGACAAUCGACCUCGAACGCCAAUUGCAGAGCUUAAAGGCGCGGACAGUCAUACGAAUUACAUCAUCAGAUAGCGUUUCAUGUGUCAAAAUGACAUUGGGUAAAAAUUUCAUUGUUUGUUGUUAUACCUUUUAUUUAGCUCUGCUGUCAAAGUUGUGAAAGUCGCCAGGAAUGAAGGUAUGCCUUUUCACCGAAGCGAACGUGGUAUGCUGGGGGAGAGUGGAGUGGUUACCAGGUUACGCACUCCUCACCUUCCCAGUCCCACAGAGGGGUGGAUCUAGUGGUGUAUAGUACCCCCCCUCCCCCAGAGAAGUCCAGCACCACCCUAAAAAAAUCUGUUUGACCAUACAUUUUCUGGCGAAUAGCGAUUAGCGGAACGUCUACUGUUAGCGCGUAUCGAUUUCUUGAAACGAUGUAAUUGAAUUGUGCAUAUACUCAGAAUGCUUUAGUUCAAUAUCAUGGUUAAAUAUGUAAACAUGUCGAGGUUGCUAUACAGCCAUAUUUUGAAAUAUACUUUACUUUAACAAGCAAAUUUACUUUUAUACAGCUACAGCGACUGUCCAGUCACGCAUACGUGAUAAAAUCAUAAAAAGCCCAUAUAAACUUUAUGAUAAACAAAAUAUAAUGUAAAGUGUAACAGAACGGCGAACAUGCAGAUUCAGCUACCUCAAAUAAUGGUAAUGUUGGGAUAGUAGCGUUGCAGACUGCAGAGGGGAGUGGGCACGGCUUCCCCAUGCACCACCCCAUAGAUAGUCUGCACCUCCUUCCUGCAGGUGAGGCUAGAUGCACCUCUUAGCCCCUCAUGAUUUCAUUACCGCAAGUAUGAGAUUUUUUUCUAAAGGCUGUUAAUGAGUUUGGAAAUAAUAUUAGUAAUCUGAAAUCUAUUUGCAUACGAAUACGUUAUUUUCUUUCAUAUUAUAUCACAAUUUAAAGAAAUGCGAGCACGGCUUUCGAGUCAAAGUUUUGUUCGUUGUUUAGUUGACUACACUCUCUCGGAUGGCGAAUCUUCACUGGUGGAAUAUCAGGACAACGUAGGAAGAUUGAGGAUACACCUAGUCUGGGUGAGUAUAUCCUAAGGCGCGAACACGUCAUGUUGACAAGUUGUGAGAUUUUUCGUGUGUACCCUUUUGUUGCAGUUUUAGCCUUUCUCACGAGGGUCUAUAAAUCCGCCAUGUUUCGGUACUAUUUUAUAAACAACGUGAAAAAUCUCAGCGAUGUGAGAUUUCUCAGCGAUGUGAUAUUUAACUGUAAAUCGAUUUAUAAUGAUUAUACUUAGAACUAUAGUUAUAGAAAGUUUCAUUUUCACUGCUUACUAUCCCUGUUCUAAAAAGGUUUCCACCCAAAAAUAGCGGCGUGACAAAGGCUAAUUCAGCAAAACCCCGACUCCAGAUUGAUUGCUUGUUUACCUCAGCAUUGCUACCAUUUUCUAAAGUUUUGAAAUACACAGCCCAUGCGUUACACAUAUCUAUAUGCACAACCCAAAACAGCGAGUUAUAUCAAGCCAAGAUUAACGCUAAUCGACCUUUGUCUUUGAACAGCCUUUGCUUAAAAACCUUUUUUCUUCUCUUUCCCCUUUAAAGAUCGAGGAAGAUGGUCAAAAUCUAGUCAAAGGUCUAGAGAUCCACCUUCGAAAAGAUGUCAUCAAUAAAUGGUUUGGUACAAGCUACUGAUAGUCUAAACUUCCACAACGACGAGAAAAAGCGAAGAGGUGCUUCAAUCUAAGAACAGUGGCGUUUAAAAUGGCUGCAGUACGCUAUAAACACCAGGGCUUUCAGUUUCAGCGGCUGAAGUGCGAAACAGACGGUUGUCCUGACAGUAUUAGAAUUGUCAUUUUUUUGUACAGUUUUUUCUUGCUCAAUUAGCUGAGCAGGCUAAGCUUACUUGCAGAAAACUUCAAGUUUUUGCCAAAGGCACAUCUGUUAUUAAGAAAGCAUCAGUAAGAUAAUUAGAAUGAGCAGAGAAAUUUCCAAUAAACAUUUCUCCUUCAUGGUAUUGGUAGUUGUAACUAGUUCUUGGUUCUUAGACAAUAGUUCAACUUACAAGUCUGACUUUUUUAGGAUACAGCUGAGGUACCGCCCAUAAGCAUACUGCAUUUUUAUGUAGCUAAAUGCUACAAAAUCGUUGGUGCAAGGUAUGCCGAAAACAUGCAAGUACUAUUUAAAGCACGCGUAGGAGUGUUUUAUCACAUAUAAAACACGACGCGUAGCGGAGUGUUUUAUAUGUGAUAAAACACGACUACAAGUGCUUUUAA